GGUGACAGACAAAUGGGUUGCGUUCCUUCUCAUACCAUGAUUUGAAAAGAAAAUAGAAAUUGGCAAAAUGAAAUUAGGUAAAUAUUGAAGGGCAAAAUAUUAGUGUGACCAGGCAUAGGGGCGCCCGCUUGGUAUGGCGUUUUGGCUGCUGUUCUUCCAAUCAAGAAAAAACCAAAAUUUCUCUCUUUUUCUCUCUCUAAGACCUCUCCCUCUCUUUCCAUCUACUCUUUUUUGUUCCCGACUGGUUGGCUCUUUCUAUUGUCUGUUGCCGGAUUAAUUUGUGAAUUCCGGCGAACCAUUUGUAUCCCGGGAAUUACCAGAUCGGAUCCGGGGGCCAUUUAUCAUUACUUCUUCUUAUUCUUCUUCUUCUUCACAUCCAAGAUUAUUUUUUAUUUGUUUAUUUAGGAUAAAAUGCAAUAGAUCCAGGUGUGGUUUAAGGUCGAAAUUCAUGGGAAUUUGUUUUAGCAUUGAAAGUAAGCAAGUAUCUCAAGAACAACGGCAAUUAUCUUCUAAGAAAGCAGGACAAGACUUUGAUCAGUCAGCAAGUAAAUUAAGUAGGCCAGACUCAUUUGACUUAAAAAGCCCGAGCAACACUCCAUUGGUCCCCAAGAAUGUCACUGAUCUUCGCCAGAAUCCCGGAUAUAGUAAUGUUGACAUCUUUACAUAUGAGGAAAUGACAUUGGCCACAAAGCAUUUCCGACCUGAUUUCAUUCUUGGCGAGGGUGGAUUUGGAGUUGUUUAUAAGGGUGUCAUAAACAAAAGCAUAAGACCUGGUUAUGAGACCAUGGUUGUUGCCAUCAAAGAGCUUAAUCCUGAUGGGUUACAAGGUGACAGAGAAUGGCUGGCAGAAGUCAACUAUUUAGGUCAAUUCAGUCACCCAAAUCUUGUGAAGCUUAUUGGGUAUUGCUGUGAAGAUGAGCACAGGCUAUUGGUCUAUGAAUACAUGGCAAGUGGGAGUUUAGAGAAACAUCUUUUUCGUAGAGUGGGUUGCACUUUGACUUGGUCAAAAAGAAUGAAGAUUGCUUUAGAUGCAGCAAAAGGACUUGCUUUUCUUCAUGGUGCAGAAAGAUCUAUCAUAUACCGUGAUUUCAAGACAUCCAACAUCCUACUAGAUGGG